AUGACGUUGGUCUCCUACGGGAGCGAAAACCCCGACUGCGUCAAGGUCGAGCAGCCCGAUGCAGCGCUGUCUUCUGCUCACUCCACUACCAAAAGAUGGAGGAAGCUGGCGCUGAUCACAGCAGGAACAGCCCUUUGCGUCGGCAGCGCCCUCGCCACGUACCAAGGCUGGAGCUCCUACCUCACCGACGCAACAGUUGCUGCGAACCGAGCUUCUGCGCCGAGCGGGAUGUUCCUGGAGAGCCAAUACACGUCGGAAGUCAAACCCGACGUGACGCUGCUUACCUCGGGCCAGGAGAUCAUGCUCCGCGUGCGCGGGAAGAACAACCUGUGCGUCGACGACGGAGGCGGCUGGACGGCCGCGUCGUCCAAGUUCACCAACAAGCCAUGCAACCCGAACAGCCCCAACCAGGUCUUCAAGUACAUCUCCACCUCAAAGCAGUUCGCCAGUGUCUACAAGACCGGGCUGUGCAUCGACGAUGGCGGGUCGACCACGGCUUCGGGAUCAAAGGCACAGCUGAACAAGUGCGACGCCAAUAGUCAGAACCAGUGGUUCGUCAUGAACACCAAGACGCUGAUGCUAAAAAACCCAGCCAAGAACAAUUUGUGCUUCGACGACGGUGGCGGCGCCACGACUGGGUCCACCAAGUACGUGCUGUGGACCUGUGACAAUAACAAUCCCAACCAGCACUUCGAGGUGCUGUCCCGUGCUGCUAUGGCGGCCGAGAAGAAGCAGAAGGCGGGGACGACCAUGUACGAUCUCAUGGUCUCCGGCCAGGAGAUCAUGCUUCGCGUCCGUGGCAAGACCAACCUGUGUGUCGACGAUGGAGGGAGCUUCACCGCAUCCACGACCAAGUUCACGGACAUGCCAUGCAACCCGAACAGCGUGAACCAGGUAUUCAAGUACAAUAUCAAGACGGGCGGCCUCGAGAGCAUCAACAAGCCAGGUCUGUGCAUUGACGACGGUGGAGCGUUGAGUGCGGGUGCAGCGACGUCGCGUCUGUGGUACUGCGAUAUCAACAACCAGAACCAGUGGUUCGACAUGGAUGAAUCCACACUCAUGAUGAAGAACCCGGUGAAGGACAACUUGUGCCUUGACGACGGAGGAGGCACGAGAGCUGGAGCAACCAAGGUCACCAUGGGGUCCUGCGACAACAACAGUCCGAACCAGCACUUCGAAGUGCUCUCACGUGCUGCGUUGCUUGAGGAGAAGAAGAAGACGGGGUCCACUCCGUACGAUCUGCUCUUGUCCGGCCAGGAGGUCAUGUUCCGUGUUCGUGGUAAGAGCAACCUCUGCGUUGACGAUGGCGGCGGGUGGAGUGCUGCGGUGUCGACCUUUGUGGACAAACCGUGCAACCCCAACAGCCCCAACCAGGUCUUCAAGUACAACAUCAGGACGCUUGAGUUCGAGAACGUUAACAAACCUGGACUGUGUAUCGACGAUGGCGGCUCAUUGAGUAGUGCUGGGUCUACUGCUCGUCUCGGGUACUGCGACGCCAACAACCAGAACCAAUGGUACGUACUGGACGAGUCGACGCUGAUGCUGCGGAACCCGAUGAAGGACAAUCUAUGCUUCGACGACGGAGGCGGAACAGCAGCAGGAGCUUCAAAGUUUGCCACGAGAACUUGCGACAACAAUAGUCCGAACCAGCACUUCGAGAUCCUUUCGCACGUCGCAAUGAUCGAAGAGAAGAAGAAGAGCGUCGGAACAACUGCGUACGACGUGCUGACGUCCGGCCAAGAGGUCAUGCUUCGUGUUCGUGGGAAGGCCAACCUAUGCAUGGACGACGGAGGCGGCUGGAGUGCUGGCGCGACGAACUUCAUCGGCCAGCUCUGCGAUCCGGACAGCCCCAACCAGAUUUUCAAGUACAAUCUCCAGACGCGCGAGUUCGAGAACGUCAACAAGCCAGGGCUCUGUAUUGACGACGGUGGUUCUUGGAAGGCUGGUGGGUCGCAGGCACAUCUGUGGUACUGUGAUCCGAACAAUCAGAACCAGUGGUUAGUCCUUGAUGAGGAUACGUUGAUGCUGCACAACCCUACGAAGCCCGACUUGUGCCUCGACGACGGAGGAGGAGCAUUCCCUGGCGACACGAAUUUUGUACUGUCAAAUUGCGGUGAAGACAACCCGAACCAGCACUUCGAGAUCAUUUCGCGUACAGAUUUUGUCGAAGCACGGAGACAGAAGAGAAUCGAGGCAGGAAUCGACGACGACGUCGAACUUCUCAACUCCGGAGGGAAAAUUAUGCUUCGAGUUCAUGGCAAGAACAAUUUGUGUGUCGACGACGGAGGCGGUCGCUCGAACGGUGCAACGAAGUUCGUGGACCGCGCGUGCAAUCCGAGCAGUCCGAACCAAGUGUUCACAUACGACGCCAAGACUCGCCAGUUCAAGAGCGUGAACAAGCCGGGAUUGUGCCUGGACGACGGCGGUAGCUCGAGUUCGGGCUCGGCUCAAGCGCAAUUGUGGGAGUGCGACGCAAACAACCAGAACCAGUGGUUUGUACUUGACGAGGAAACCAUGAUGCUGCGUAAUCCAGCGAAGAAGAAUUUGUGUCUUGACGACGGUGGAGGCACGGCCCCGGGCGCCACGAAGUUCUGGCUGUGGACGUGCGACCCCAACAACGUGAACCAGCACUUCGAGGUCCUUUCGUACGAGAAAAUGGCCGAGGAGCAGAAGCAGCGGCUGAUCGCUGCUGGACGUAACAGCGACGUCGAGAUUCUGAACUCGGGAGAGUCGAUCAUGCUUCGAGUCCGUGGCAAAGAAAAUCUGUGCGUUGACGACGGAGGCGGGCGCUCCAAUGGCGCUACGAAGUUUGUGGACCAACCCUGCAACCCGAACAGUAUGAACCAGCUAUUCACGUACGACCCGAACACGUACCAGUUCAAAAGCGCCAACAAGCCAGGGCUGUGCAUGGACGACGGGGGAGGUUGGGGUGCUGGCCAAACGACCGCUCACCUGUGGGAAUGCGACCCAACGAACCAGAACCAGUGGUUUGUUCUGGAUGAGGACACCAUGACGCUGUACAGCCCGGCCAAGGACAACUUGUGCUUCGAUGACGGCGGUGGCACGACGCCAGGAUCGACCAAGUAUUGGCUGUGGACGUGCGAUGGCAACAACCCCAACCAGCGCUUCGAAAUUCUCUCUGCUGCCGCGCUGGCUGCGGAGAAGAAGAAGGCGCGGAUUGCUGCGGGCAACACAGCAGUCGACAUCCUCGUGUCCGGCCAAGAAAUUAUGCUUCGGGUUCGUGGCAAGAGCGACUUGUGUAUUGACGAUGGCGGCGGUCAUCUGAAUGGGGAAACAGACUUCGAAAACCAACUAUGCGACCCGGACAGCCCCAACCAGAUCUUCACUUACAACCCGAUGACGCACCAAUUCCAAAGCGCCAAUAAACCGGGUAUGUGUAUUGACGACGGUGGUGGCUGGAGCUCUGCAGAGACAGCGGUUCACUUGUGGGAGUGCGACCCGUACAAUCCGAACCAGUGGUUCGUCAUGGACGAGGGCACAUUGGUGAUAUUCAACCCCGCAAAAGACAACCUGUGCUUCGAUGAUGGCGGUGGCAUGACACCAGGUGAGACAAAGUAUGUGCUGUGGACCUGCGACGACAACAACCCGAACCAGCACUUUGAGGUGCUACCUCGAGCUUCAAUGAUAGCGGAGAAGAGGAAGCGACUCAUUGCUGCGGGUGUUGACGACGACAUCGACCUCCUCAACUCGGGUCAGCCUCUGAUGCUUCGUGUCCGUGGUAAGGACAACCUCUGUGCGGAUGACGGCGGUGGCCACUCGAAUGGAGACACCAACUUCGUGAAUAUGCCUUGCGACCCGAACAGCCCCAACCAGAUCUUCACCUACGACGCCAAGACGCACCAAUUCAGGAGUGUGAACAAACCCGGUUUGUGUCUGGACGACGGUGGUGGGUGGAGUGCAGCUCAGACGACGGCGCAUUUGUGGGAUUGCGACCCGAACAACCAAAACCAAUGGUUCAUCCUGGACGAGGACAACAUGAUGCUCCGAAACCCUGUGAAGCCCAACUUGUGCUUCGACGAUGGCGGCGGUAUGACUCCUGGCACUAGUAAGUACUGGCUGUGGACUUGCGACACGGCCAACACGAACCAGCACUUUGAAAUUGUGUCUCCAGCGUUGAUGCCACCGCUGGUGCUGAAGGACGCAAGUGCUGUUUCAGAUGGACAAACCUUAGACAACCCCGAUGCCCAAUACAUCAAGACAAUCGAAUCUGGAAUUAAGGUGCUGAUCCGAGCGCACCAGAAGAAGAACCUCUGCCUGGACGACGGUGGAGGCCGCUCCAAUGCCGAGACCAAAUUUGUGUACCAACCGUGUGACCCCAACAGCCCCAACCAGAUCUUCUCGUACGACGUUGACGCGAAGGAAUUCCAGAGUGUGAACAAGCCUGGUCUGUGUCUAGACGACGGUGGAGGCUGGAAUGCUGGAGAUAGCACGGCUCACUUGUGGCAGUGCGACUCGGGCAAUGAGAACCAGUGGUUCGUGACCGACCCAGACACCAUGUUGUUCCACAACCCGGCGAAACCAGGACUUUGCUUCGAUGAUACUGGCGCUACGGAGCCCAGCAAGUCGAACUUCAUUAUGUGGUACUGCAACUCAGACACUCCUAACCAACAGUUUGAAGUGGUGCCUCAAUGGGAGCUGCUCGGGAUCACGCCGGACGUUGCGCCUCCUCCACUUCCGAAGAUUGGAGACGGGCUGUGGAGCACUAUUGAUAAUGGGAAUGACGUUCUGCCACCUCCCGCUCUAAGCGACGUCCUACCGCCGGUUGUCGUGGAUAAUAACGGUGGCGUUGUGGGACCUACUCCGCCCAAUGCUGAAGACGGAGGCUUCGACUAUUCUAACGUCGUAGUGCUACGUAAUGAUGACAAUGUUAUCACCCCUCAAGUGGAUUCGAGUGGUUUCGGAUCGACUGGGGGUAAAGGUGCCAUGACAACGACCAGCGUUAGCGACGGUGGAAUUGUUGCUACUCCUGAGCCGCAACCAUACAACCCGGCUACUCCUAGUCUGAUCGACGGUGACAGUGUCCAACCUACUUACACCAAUCCCGGGUGGAAUUAUGGCGGAUCUACUGGCAACGCUGUUGCGAUGGAGCCGACAGACAACCAAAACCCGGGAUUGGAAUAUACCCCUACGACUCAACGCCCGAUCAUUGAGGACGGUGGAAUCGUCGCCAUCCCUCCUUCGAACGACGCGGUAGUUUCCGUGCAAUCUACAGACGCAACUACUGCAGGAUGGGGGGACACCCACGCCGACAGCUCUGGUCCCGCACAGGAUAUCUUCUCGGGCACCAGUAACCCAGACACUGCGUCAACCCCAGCGGUUGAUAGUCCGACGAACCCCGACCAAGUCGGCCUGGUGGGCCCGGCAGUGCUGCCGUUCCAGGAGGACAACAACUUGCCAAUCCCCAAUGCUCCCGUUAUCAGGAAGGCCGACUUGCCUCUGGCCAACUACGGAGACUGCGACUGGAACCUGCUGGCGCCGUCGAACGACACGCUCUUGAUCAUCAACAAGGACGACUCGCCGAUCAUCUCGGCGGCCAAGAUCUUCAAGUACUUGCAGACUAUCAAGGAACACGCCGACGUGGAGCACCAGGUGACGAUGGACCGCUACAAGCGCACCUUCCAGUGUGCGACCGACGGCCUGAAGACGCUGGCCAAGGACGCGGUGACGAGCGACGAGUACCACGUGCUGGUGCAGUGGAUGUACGACCACUGCGCGGCCGGAGCGACCGGUGUGAAGCCCGCCGAGAACCCGUCCGGAUCCAUCUCGGACGAUGUGCUCAAGGGCGACGACGUGGCCGUGCUCGUGAACGACGACAAGAUCAACCGGCAGUUCAUGACCAAGCUGGACUUCUACUACGAGAUCAAGAACCACUACGCGGACAAGAACGCGGAGCUGGUGGGCAACGCGGCGGUGGCCAACUUGCGGUCGUCGGAGACGCUGAAGCUGGAGAAGAAGCUGGUGGACUGCAUCGAGGAGGCCUCGGAGCGCUUCGGUUACAAGCAGGACCAGACGUCCAACGAAGACCGCGAAGACCGCCUCAAGCAGGCCAUCGCAUGGGUGCAUGACACGUGCAUGGCUUCGUAA